UUUCAUCCGUCUGAAGAAAUCCAAAUCUCUCAGAACUAUUCGGAGGGAAGAGAAACUGUCAAAAUCUCUCUUCUCAACCCUCACGCACUGCGUGUUUCCGGCGGUGUAUUAAUUACUGCGUGUUCGGUUUUCUAUGCAUAUGAACUCCUCCCUCUCUGUAUCAUUAUCAUUAUGCAAUUCCUUGCAGACGAGUUUCUUCCUCUUUGAUGUUCCCGGGAAAAUUCCUCCGGAUUGUUUUCCUCUCCUUCUGAAUAAUCUGUUGAAUCCUCCUCCGGUUCCAGAAAAUUUUCUGAUUUGAUCGCUCGUUGACGUGGAAUUCAAAAUUGUCUGUUUUUUUUUUUGAAUUUGUAUUGGGACGGUUAGGUUUAGUGAUUGGAUUCCUGCAUUUCCAGGUGAAUCGAUCGAGGAGAAAUGGAAUUGGAAGUGUUUGACGCCGUCAAAUUCGAGAAGGCAGAUGCGAUUGCGAGAUUCAACCGGUUCCGGAGGAUGACGAAGACGGUGCAGUAUCUCGAACUGAUCGUCGCUCUGAUGUUGAUUUCCUGGUCCUGUACUCGAGUUCCUGGCGUUGUGAAAUUCUCCGGCGACUGUUUGGUUGAGUUGUGGACUUACGCCUGCAAUCCGCACGUGGUGUUCGUCAUCGGAAACGCCAUUAUAGUUUCCCUCUUCCUUCUCUGCCGCCAGACAGACGUCGGUUGCAACUCCGUCGUCUUCGAUCUCCGCGGAGACGACUGCGAGGAAAUCAUCAGUCGCGGUGAGUCUCAACCGCCGAUCCCCUCCUCGGAAGCAUCGGCGCAUCCGGAGGCCGUCGGAGAUGAGGAAAAGCAGAUCGUCUGCUCGGAGAUCGCGGUUCAGGACCAGCAAUGUUCUGAGAUUUCAACAGCGAUGAAGACGGCCGCGAAGCGAAUCGAGAAGUUCCGGAGGACUCAGUCCGAGAAUCUGAAGCAAGCUAUCGCGUUGAAGGACCCGAGAGAACUCCGGCGGUCGGUGACGGAGGUGCGCCGAGAAGUCACCAAUUCCGGCGAAGCGCGAGCAAUGUCGGCGGUUGACACCGUAGAAGAUCUCAACAGCGAGGAGUUCCGGCGCAGAAUCGAGAAAUUCAUCCGGCAAAAUAAAGAGCAGUUCAAAAUUGAGAAGGUCCUAGGCGAACCUUAGAAAACGUGAAUAUGGCUGAAUUAGAGGUUUAUUUUCUCAAUAUUGUUAAAGCAUUUACAAAUUGUAAUUAACGAAAUUGCUCCUCAUUCUAGUGACCGCAUUCAAAUCUUCUCCAACAAGAUUUGUUUUCUACAGUAUCAAAAUUACAUGUUUGAAUUGCAAUGGGAGUGACAUUUUCUACAGAAAAUGUAUUUGAAUAUAUGAUACAUGAUUUU